AUGCUGCUGCCAUCGGUGACCUUCCUUGUCGCUGUGAGCUCCGCCAUGGAGUUCACACCGUAUCGCCCAUCGGAGCAGUACAAAUGUGGAGCUUUCCUGCAAAAUCGGGUCAAAGACAAAGCCCUCGACUAUUUCUAUUCAAGCAUUGAUCAUGUCAUAACACUGCUGUCAAACCAAUUUCCUCACGAAGAGCUCUUAAAUCGACAGGCUCUUCUGGGUGAUGUGAACGAAGUGCGCUUAUCGAUUGAAACCAAAUAUGUGGAUUGGUGGUCCUGGCAAAGAGGAUGGCUUAUUGCUACUGGUGUCAUAGUGCUCCUCGGUGUUUUACUGCCUAUUGUCUACUUAUUUUACAGAUGUUGUGUGUGUUGCUGUUCGCAAUCAUCAAGAAAGGAGAAUACGGACUCACGUUAUGACGGGUGCAAGAGGAAUUUCCUGAAUGCAAUUAUGACGUUACUGGUUUUGCUAGACGUGUUUGCGGCGGCGACGUUGCUAAUCACGGGUCAGUAUGCUGAACACGGAUUAGAGGAGCUGCCAAACCGAUUGAAUUAUUGCAUAGACGACCUCAAUCUUUAUAAACGUGACACUGAUGCUAGGAUACGAAAAUUACUGAUUGACGACUAUCAAAUGCUGAAUCGUACCGUUUCGUCACAGUUGUCAUACGCUGGGCAUGAAGUCGUUCAAGGAGUGAAGAAACUUACCGGGGCGAACACGAUUGAUGCACUGAUGAAUAUUAGCAAAAGUGCAGACGAAAUAGAUCAGUUGAUGAAGGAUACAUACGUGCAGGUGAAAGAAAUUGAAGGUGCCUAUACAAACCUCGAAGUGCAAUACAAGCGUUUGCAGUCGACGUUAAACAAAGAGCUGGAGACCUGCCUCAAAAGUGAGAUUGACUCACUAAAGAGAAUGUGUCAUAAAGCGCAGGGCACUCUCGCUGGCAUUGCACCGACGCAUUUCGAUAACAAUCUGGAAACGAUUAGGCCGUCUAUAGAAAAAACGCUAGAUCAGAUCAAAAACGCCAACAUUCCUCAGCUUCUAAACACAACACUUCGAAAAUUCUCCGAGAUGGAGGAAAAAAUCCAAGCAGAGAUUGACAAGAAAAUCCACUCAUCCCAAUCCAUAUUGAAGAAUAUUUCUGACAAUCUCUUUCGCACUGCUGAAACUAUCUCCACCCAAAUUCGACAGAUAAACUUUGACAGUCUCUACGAUGUCGUCACCCGAGCUUCCGAUCCAAAAGACAGUAUUGCUGCGAAAGUUGUUCAUUACAGUCGAACAAUCUCGUUAGUGAUCACGUCGAUAUUCAUGCUGAUUGCGUUCUGCUUCCUUCUUGGACUAUUCUAUGGGAUAUGUGGCCAUCGGCCAACAUUCUAUAAUGAUGACUGCUGUGUACGGUCAACCGGUGGACGGUUUUACUCAUGUGGAAUAUGGCUGACUAUGGCUACCUUCACUGCGCUUUCUAUAGUAACAGCCGUUCUAUUUUUCACGGUUGGGAACACUUCUGAUAUUUUAUGUCGAACUCUUCGAGAUCCUCUCUCGCGUAGCGACAUUAUUAAGUUAGGCGAACCGAUAUUUGGAGAUAAUGCGCAGUAA